GGUUUUUGCGUUUCUAUUAAAAUUGAAUAUCGUUUUACCCAAGCAAUUGAGACAGUGUGUAAAUGUUGAAGCCCAAACAUGGAGAGGGAGAUACAACAAAAGCGGUGAUGGAAGAUUUUGGGACGAAGGUGAAGAUCACCGAAGAAUCAGAGGAAGUAAUGGAUGCAGAAAACAAUGAAAAUGCUUCGAAGAUUGUUGCUUUGCUUCGUCGAUUUGUGGCGAUUCAGCAGCGUAGAGCUCAAGCAUAUUCCCGUCUGAAAAGGGGAUUUGAAGAUUACAUGGUCUCAGGAAGUGAAAUGGCUUACCAACAACUUUGCGGUGAUAUUACUGUUGAGUUUAAUGACUGCUCAAAACAAGUCCUUGAAAUGGAGUCUCUUUUUCUUAGCCCUGAUUUAUUUCGAGAGGAUCUUGCUCGUCUACUCAGAUCAGUCCAAACACAGGAAAAACAGAAGCUGCAGCUGACAGCUACUAUUCAAGUGCUGAAGAAGGCUGGUCGUCCUUCUGAACGUCUAGUGAGCCACGCAAAUUGCAGAUUUAACAACACCGUCGGACAUGAAUGCAUGCAUAUAAACAAUAUAACUGAAGCUUCUGGAACUGAAGAGGCAGAGGCAGAUUCAGAGUAUGAUAACGCUCUGAAAGAAGCUAUCAAGGGUGUGCAAGAUGCAGUUAUUACUAUAAAUGAACAUCUGGAAGAAGUCAGGUAUGAGAUUGCAGCGCUUGAAGCUGAGUGACUCCUCAGAAUAGUAUUUCCUUUCUGGAAAAACUGAUUCCAUUACAUCUAGAAUAUUUAGUGGGAGAUUGCGUUGUAAAUGUUUAGCAAGAUGAACAGAUAUUAUGGUGAGCGAGAAGAUUCUCUUUGGUUGACAAAAAAAUUCAUGGAAACUAUUGUACUACUGUGACUCUUUUUUUUUUCUUUUUUUGCUCCAUUCAAAUUUGCGCUUACCUUA